CUUGGCCAUUCGUUUGUUUUUCUUGUUCUUUUUUUCAUUAAAGUAACAUAAAUAUAGUAAAAAUGGAAGUAGACUCUCAAUCAUUUAGAUAAGAAAUUAUUUGUUAAAAAACAAAAAAUGCUGCGAGUCAACCCGGGGAGGAAGACAGAAUAUCAACAUGUACAUAUUGAUAAAUUAAAUAGUGAGAUUUAAAACUUGACGUGAAAGUGUGGUGGGUAUACGUAUGGAUAGUGUUUGGGAAGUGGAUAUUUUGGGGUGUCAUCAGACCGAGGGUGAGGCUGAGAAAUGAACAAAAGUGGGCUGUAGACACAAAAGGCUCAACUUAAACCACGUAUGAGAGAGACUGUAACCACAUCACUUCAUACACGAAUUUGAGGCGUCAAACCAGCCACCAAUUCUACUUUCCCCAACACCCCACUUUCCAAAAAUACUUGCCAUUAACUACUAAGCUACCCCCUAAAUAUUAUACAUACACGAAUUCGUAACCAUUCUAUAUUAUUAUAUUUGCUGUUGUAACAUACCAUCAUUGCCCAUGCAUCUCAUCGUCUCCACCGAGUACAUCAUAAAUUACAAGGGAUAAACCAUGCAUGUAAUUAACUAUAGUAGAUAUGAGAAAGGUGUGGAUGUUCCUCCAUCAUCGCCUUCACGUCUUGGAGAUUUUAGUUAUGAGUAAGUGUUCGAUGGAUUUGACAGAAAAUAGCACUGUCUCCUAAAGAAAUGGCAUUAUCGUCAUUUUUGGGAAACUUGGGCGUGGUUUUAUAUGCGGAAGGAGAUAAAAGAAUCUUGUGAAAAAAUAUAUAUGCAUAUUAAAGGAAAUAGUAAUUCAAAUAUCAAAUAGAUUAAACAAAUUAUACUCUAUAUAAUAUAUUGGUAUGUAUAUAUCUACAUCAAUUUCAUAACUAAGGUUUUUUAUGGGAGCCCUUCAUUGGUCCGAUUUCCCAAAAACCUCAAUUCUCUCCAUUUCAUAUGAAUGGGAAAUGCAAAACUUCCCCACAGGAUUCCAUCUUUCCUGCCAAAAUCAAAGAAAAGAACAAGAAAAAAGAAAAAUACAACAACAUGGAGGCAAUGGUAGUGGAGAUGAAGAUAAAAACCAACAGGUAGCAAAAGAUGAAGACCAAGACGAUCGAGAGAAGCCAAGAUGCGAAUGGGAUUUCAAUCUUUGCACCGUUGUCUCCUCCACCACCGACGCAGCAGCCGGUUCCGACGCCGUUGGAGCCAUCGAAUUUGACCCCACUAAUACCCUUGUAGCAACCGGUGGGAUCGCGAGAAAAAUCAGAUUUUACAGUUUAAACUCCUUGUUGCCGCAAGAAACCAGCCAUGGUGAGCUCAACACAGCCUCGUUAGAUCAUAUUAGUGCAUGCGAGUACUACAUCUGUACACCAGCCAAGCUUAGCAACCUGCGAUGGAAGCCCGGUUCGGCCGGCCGGGUACUAGGAUCCGGAGACUACGACGGCGUAGUCACCGAAUACGACCUGGAGAGAAAAGUGCCCAUCUUCGAACGCGACGAGCACGGAGGGCGUCGAGUCUGGAGCGUGGACUAUUCGCAUUGGGAUCCAGUCGUCGGGGCUUCCGGGUCCGACGACGGGACCAUGCAAAUAUGGGAUACACGUUGUGGUAAUCACCGCGAUGGCGGAAGAUGCGUCGCUAAGGUGCAGCCCAGCAAAGCGAGCAACUCGGUUUGCUGCGUUGAGUUCGAUCCGUCCGGCGGAGCCAUGGUGGCUGUCGGAUGCGCCGACCGAAAGGCAUACGCGUACGAUAUAAGAAAAAUGGUGGAACCAGUUCUGGUUCUCGACGGUCACAGUAAAACGGUGAGCUACGUCCGGUUCCUGGAUUUUCAUACAAUCGUAACAGCUGGUACAGAUGGGUGUUUAAAGCUAUGGAAUAUGGACGACUCGAGGCUGGUGCGCACGUAUAAAGGACACGUGAACAGUCGCAACUUUGUGGGGCUGUCAGUGUGGAGACAUGGUGGGUUGCUGGGAUGCGGAUCCGAGAGUGACCAAGUGUUUGUUUACGAUAGGCGGUGGGGAGAGCCCAUUUGGGUUCAUGGGCUGGAGCCGGUGGCUCUGGAGGGGCGCGCGCGAGGAGGAAGGUUCGUGAGUAGUGUGUGCUGGCAUCAAGUGUGCGAGGACCAUUGCACGCUUGUUGCUGGAGGAUCCGAUGGGGUUUUGCAGAUGUAUGUGGGCAAAAGAAAGCCAGUGUCAUCUAAUUCUCUAUUUGUUGCUCCUAACUAGGAAAAAAAUACAGGGUGAUCAUCCGGAAAAUAUAUGAAUGCCCAAGCCGUCUCGCCACUUCCCUGGGCUUAAAUCUCGAUAUUCUACUUUCCCCCGCUCUGCUAGGUGCCAACUUUACU